AUGCUGGUAGUGACUGUUGUUUUCUGCCUUGUCGACAUUCACAUCAUGCUUGGGAAGGCAUUCCUGUCAUGCUUGCAGGAUCUCAAUGAUGCCCAGUUGCAUGGUUGUAGGUUGAGUUGGAAUAGGAACUAUGUAGCAACAGAUAUAAAUUUUGGGGUAAAAGAUCAGACUUUGAUGCUUAAAGGUGUUAAGUAGCUUGCUAAUGCUGUUAAAGUUACAAUGGGUCCUAAGGGACAGAAUGUGGUUACUGAACAAAGUUAUGGUGCUCUAAAAGUGACUAAAGGUGUAACUAUCACAAAGAGCAUUGAAUUCAACGAUAAGUAUAAUGUGGGUGCUAGUCUUGUGAAACAAGUUGCAAAUGCCACCAAUGAUGUAGCUAGUGAUGGUACUACAUGUGCAAUAGUGCUUACACAAGCAAUAUUUACAGAAUAAUACAAGUUUGUUGUUGCAGGAAUGACUGCAAUGGACCUAAGGUAUGGCAUAAUGAUGUUAGUUAAUGCUAUUAUAACAAACUUGAAAAUAUGGGCAUAGAUGAUUAGCAUAUCUGAAGAGAUAGCUAAAGUCAGUUUAGUUAUUCAAAGUUGGAACAAUUUUGACUAAAAAGAGAAGGAAAUUGGUGAGGUAAUUGCAAAAGCAAUGGAGAAGGUUGGUAAAGAAUGGGUGAUUAUGACUCAAGAUGGAAAAACAUUAUUUAAUAAGUUGGCAGUUAUUAAAGGAAUGAAGCUUGAAAGGGGCUACAUAUCAUCAUACUUCAUCACCAAUACAAAAAACCAAAAAUGUGAAUUAGAUGAUAAUCUUAUCUUAAUCCAUGAAAAGAGAAUAUCUAGCUUAAAUUCAGUGGUGAAAGUAUUUAAGUUAGCUUUAAAGAUCACCAUCUCACUUAAAAAGCUAACAAUUAUGGCUAAAGAUGUAGACAGUGAAGCAUUUGCAACAUUCAUUCUUAACAAGCUUCGUGCUGGAAUCAAGGUCUGUGCCAUCAAAGCCAUUGGUUUUUGAGAAAAUAGUAAGGCUAGUCUACAUGAUCUUGCUAUCUUCACAAUAGGAGAGAUAAGGCACUUUUCUGCUAUAUGA